AUGCUGGACGCCGUGCUGGGCGUCAUGGACGCGGGGCGCCCCGUGGCUGCUGCCGCCAAGCCCGACGCCCACCCCGGCUCCGGGACGCAGCCCUCCAGGGCCCGCUGCCGCCCCAACGCGGACCUCGAGCUGGAUGACGUCAUCGGGGCGCGAGGCGGGACCGAGGCCGAGGCGGAAGCCAAGGUCGGCACCAAGAAGCCGCCGCUGCGCACGGCCUCGGCCGUCAUCCAGCGCAUCCGCUGGGAUCCGCGCUUGGACCCGGCCGACUUCUCGGUGGGCUACAUCGACCGUUUCCUGGGGGUGCGCGAGGAGCCCUUCGGCGCCUUCUGCUGGGACGAGCCGCUGGCGGCGCUCGGGCCCGGCGUCCUGGCGGUGCCGCAGCACCGGGUGCGCUACUUCCGCCACCGCGGCCGCCUGGUGUGGGACCGCGCCUCGCGCACCGACCUCGUCUUCGGCUCCGGCUCGGCGGCCGGCCGCGGGCCCACCAUCUUGGACCUGCUGGACGGCGGGGGCGUGCCCGGGGACCGCGGGGCGGAAGGCAGUCAGGGCGCGGUGGUCGGGGGCGCGCUCGGGCCUGCGGACGCCCAGGACGGCUGGGACGGGGCGGAGGCCGACGCGCAGGACCGUGAGGACCCGCCGGGAGGCGCCCGAGGCGGAGGGCCGGGAGAGCCAGCCCGUACGCAGCUCGCAACAUCCCCGGCCCAGGAAGGUGGAAGCCCCGAGGCCCGGCUCCCCGCGUGGCCGGUAGCAAGAGCCCCGGCGCACGAGCCGGGCGAGGCUGGAGGCCGGACUUUCGCGGCGGCACGGCUGGAAAGGGCGCGGAGUCCGGCCACUGCCAUCCGGCCCCCAGAGCCGCAGGCCGAGUCCGGAGGACAGCCUGGGGGGGCAGGCCCGGACACCGAGCGGGGCCUGGGGGCCGGACCCUGGGAGCGCGCAGGACACGGGGCCGGGGCCGCCGCCCGGCAGCCGCGGCCCACACACUUCGUGGCGCUGAUGGUGACUGACCCUGAGCUGCGGGCAGGCGUGGCCAGGGCGCAGCAAGAGCUGGUACGCGCCUCUUCCGCCUGCGCUGCAUUCAACGUGCCCCCUCAGGCCCUGCACGUGACACUGGCCUUGCUCCGCCUGGCCGGCCCUGGGGAGGUGGAAGCCGCAGUGUCGGCCCUGAGACGGGUGCUCUUGGUCCCCGGGCUUCAGGCACCCCAGAGGCUGAGCUUUAGGGAACUGGUGCUCCUGAACCCCCAUGUGCUCUGUGCCCCGCCUUCCCCCUCCCUGGAAAGCAUGGCCCAGGAACUGAGCCAGAGGCUGGAGGCCCAGGGCCUGAGAGUGCUGCAGCCUCCUGAAGGCCUGCGUCCCCACCUCACCCUGGCCAAGGUGCCCCGGGGCUCCCCAGUCUGCCUCCCGAAGCCCGAGCUCGGGCCUGGGCAGGAGCUGGGCGACCAGCCCCUGGGGAAACUCUGGCUGUGCCGCAUGGGGAGGGCGGGGGACACCUACGACCCAGUGGCGGAGAUUGCCCUGGAGUGACAGCGCCACACCCC